CUGGAGGAUCACAGCGUGGCUGAAAACGAAAGGGAGUUAACAAGAUGUGACCAGUCAAUGGCUAAAACAAUAGGCGAGACCCUGCACGUUGCCUACUGCCCAGGUGUCCUUCCCAUGCACAGGUAGUCAUGUGGAUCACCGUGAGUUUGCUCUGCUGCUUGGUGCUCGGGGGGCUGCCGUGGGCAGGCACGUCGUGCCCCUCGCAGUGCAGCUGUGCCUUCCACAGCCUCAACGAAGGGACGAAAGCCAGGACAGUGCUGUGUAAUGACCCAGAGAUGACCCUCACCCCUGUGAACAUCCCUGUAGACACAUUCAAGCUUCGAAUAGAGAAGACAGCCAUCCGCAGGGUGCCAGGGGAAGCUUUCCAUGCUCUUCACAACCUGGAGUACCUCUGGUUACCCUAUAACUCCCUGGCCAGCCUCAGCGGGAUCACCUUCAAGGGCCUCCGUCGCUUGCUGGAGCUGAGGCUAGAUGGAAACGACUUAAUAUCAUUUCCCUGGGAAACCUUGUCUGACAUGCCACAGUUAAGGCUUCUGGAUUUACACAACAAUGAACUUACCUCAAUCCCUCCCGAUGCUGCUCGUUACAUCAAGAAUAUCACGUACCUGGACCUGUCUAGCAACAAACUGAUGACUCUUCCUCAGGCUCUUAUUUCUACUUGGGCCAACCUGCAGGCAGUCCCUUACUUUCCUAACGAUAACUCCAAGAUCAUCUUAGGUUUGCAAGACAAUCCUUGGGCGUGUGACUGCAGUCUGUAUGAAAUGGUCCAUUUUCUGAAUUUCCAGUCUCCCAACAUAGCGUUCAUUGAGCCCAGGCUGAAAUGCUUCACCCCUCGCAGCCUUGCAGGAGUCUUCUUCAGCCAAGUUGAGCUAAGGAAGUGUCAAAGCCCUGUUGUACAUACGUCUGUAGCCAAAGUAAAGACCAUCCUGGGCAGCACUGUGCUACUGCGAUGUGGGACAACGGGGGUGCCCAUUCCUGAGCUCAGCUGGAGAAGGGCUGAUGGUGCUCCGCUAAAUGGCACAGUGCACCAAGAGAUCUCUAGUGAUGGGAUGAGCUGGUCUAUCCUGGGCCUGCCUGUAGUCUCUUACCUUGACUCUGGAGAGUACAUCUGUAAAGCAAAGAAUUUUCUAGGGGCAACAGAAGCAUUCAUAUCCCUAAUCAUCAUGGACUCGGAAAGCACGGAUGACCCCAACUCCAAUGCCAAAGGCACGUGGAGCGGGAAGGCAAGCGGGAUGGAGGCAGCUGCCUACAAUGACAAGCUAGUGGCAAGAUAUGUUAUCACCACCUCCACCAUGCCUACCCUAGGGGCUGGAGCAGGAACCGGAGAGGAUCUCCUCAUCCCAGCUGGAGCACAAGAUAGGAACCCCCAAAACCUACUGGUGAGCCCACCUACUGGUCAGCAGGAGCCAGAGAGAAUAGUGAGAUCUGUCAGGGUGAUAGGAGAUACUGACCAGAGUGUCACCCUGGCAUGGAAGGCCCCUCUGGCGAAGAACACGACAGUGUUCAGUGUCCUCUAUGCUGUCUUUGGAGAGAGAGACAUGCGUCGGAUCAAUGUGGAACCAGGGAAGACCAAGGUUAGCAUUUAUGGGCUGCUACCAAAGACCAAAUACAUAGUGUGCGUCUGUGUGAAAGGGCUGAUCCCCAGGAAGGAGCAGUGCAUCAUAUUUUCCACAGAUGAAGUUGCUAGUGCAGGAGGGACCCAGAAACUCAUCAACGUGGUUGUCAUCAGUGUGGCUUGUGUCAUUGCCGUUCCUCUGACACUGGUGGUCUGCUGCGGAGCACUGAAGAGACGCUGCAAAAAGUGCUUUGUGAGGAAACCCAAGGAAAUUCAGGAGUCCUAUGUCACCUUUGAAAGUCUUUCUCCUGGGGCCAAGGUGAAAGGAGUGGAAGGAGAAUACUUGACUAGACAUACCCCUGAUGAGUCUAACAGGCUCCUUUCUGCCCGAUCCAGUGUGGACUCAGAAGCAAUACCAAAGAUAGAGGGGCAACCAAAUGAAUACUUUUGCUGAUAGUUACUAGGCUGGUCAUUGGCUUGUUAGAUGGAAAGCUUGUGGCUGUAUAUAUGACUGUGCUGCAACACUGCAUGCCAUUGUGUCAAUGUGUGUCUCUUGGACAUAUUCUGGAGGAGGAUGCAAGAAAGUGGAAGAUGCCCAGUCUUUAUAGGAAUGUGUUGUUUGACAGCUGGGGUUUGAUGUUUUGUACUCAAUCAAAAGCUUCUGUGCUAACGGUCUCAUUCUCUUGGACCAUUCUUAUUUUCAUAAAAUGAUGCAUGCACACUGAGUGUGAGGACAUUAAACAGCACUUUUGAGCAUGCUCUGCUCAGUGCUGUUUAGUACCUGCUCUGCAUUAUGCUAAAUGUUUUCUUUGCAGCUCUGUUAUGGUUCUUUGGUUUACAAAUCGGGAAGUACUUGAUAAUUUUAAUACAAAUAUCUGUGAAUGUGAAGAUAGAGUUUUACCUGUUAUGCAACAUAUAUUUGCAUGAAACAGGCAAAUUCAUGUUUAACAGAUGGCUAAAUACAACUGUUUGUAGUACAUCUAACAACAGCUUUAUAUUCUCAGUUCAAAGAAAUGUGCAAAGAGAUAUGACUCGAGACAAAAAGCAAUCGAUUCCUAAGAACACGUAAGAGAGUAAGCUUGAGAAUGGCAUUUUGACCCUAACCACUGUUCUUCUUAUCACUCAAUUCAGCAACAGUACCAUGCAGACCUUUCAGUAUCAGACUUAGUUGUCAUUUUCUAGCAGUGUUGUAAUUAGUACAGUAUGAUUUAUAUCAGCUAUGCUACUUAAAAAUCAUACAGUAGACUCUUCUGCAAAUUAUGUGUGGCGUUGUUAUGUUUUGUACUGCAAAACCUACAUUAAAUAGUUCUGUAAAAAUCUCCCAGAGCAGCCCUGUCGUUGCUGCUGGCUGUACUGGUAAAACUGGUAGUGAAGAUCAGAGGGCUUAACUGGGCACUUGUGGUUCAGCCACGAAAAUCCCUUGCUCUGUGUAGAUCAGAGGUGUGUACUGCUGACUGGGCACACUUCUGCAGUACUUCUGCUGUGGCAGCAAUGGUGGCAAAGGCUCCAUGCUGAUAUUUGGGUUUCAAACAUUUUGCAAGUUUGAGAACUCUGAUAAAAGAAGAAAAAAAGCUAAUAUUUGUCUAACUGUGUUUUUCUAACCACGGUUUGCUGAUCAGUUAUUUGUUACUCAAGUCCUGCAAUUCUGCGGGAAUUUGGAUCUGAAUGCUUAUCUGAAAGCACUUCCUAGCUGUGUAAUUUUUCACUCCUGUCCCUUAGGUUGUAAUAUUGUAUAUAAUGACUUUCUGUACGUAAUAAAUAUAAAGAAAAUGCUGCAAGAUCUGCCAAAUGUUGAAUGGGAGGGAUCCAACCAAGCUGAAAUGAUAAUGGAUGAAGCCUCGGUCUUUUGGAAUCGAUUUGAAACGUAUGCUUGUAAAUGUCUUGAAAAGAUCACCACUCACAUUCUGGAUGUGUACGUAAAACAUGGAUUUGCAAAAUUCAGUACAUGGAAUGACAAUCCGUAUUUUGCAAGUCCUUCUUGUCCUAAAGGAUUUCUGUGAUGUCAGAUUACUUGACCUGAUGGAAAAAAAAAAAGUCAUUUGAUCUCAGCAUAAAUGCUAACAACAGAGAGCACGCUACAAUGGUUUCUGAUAGAACUCCCUGUCUUCCUUACAUUCAUGAAAAGGAACUUCUCUUGUACCGGGAGAAUUUUUCAGUCCCUCUGUAUAGCAAUUCAUGCCGCUGCAUAGAUUUUUAUGUUUACAAAUAACCUUUUUCAAAAUGUAUUUUAACACGAUAGAUCAAUUGAUGAAAUAGGUAGUACCUAAUAGAUAUAUUAUUUAUUUAUGCAUUUAUAUUUCCCAGGAUUGAUUUCAAGUCUCAUUCUUCAAGGUGGAUUAAAAAUGUUGUUCCAGUAGCAGUUUUUUGUGUGGGUUGAAAAGAUUGUUUUCUUCAAUCCAAUUCCUGUCCCUCAUCUGUAGUGGUGUUGCUUUAGGCUGUGCAGAAAUCAGCAAGGGGCCCAGUCUAGCACGGGUGGCUAAUUUUUAGUAUUGAAAAAUCAAGGCUGUCCUGAAGCUCUCCUGCAGUGAAUGGAGUGGUCCUACUGCCCAAGGGCCUUCCCACAAGUGAGGUUUGCAGCCAUCUGGGAGUGAGAUGUAUUUACCUUUCAGCUGCCUGGAGGCAGGAGCAGGGUAAUUUGCCACACCUAGUCCUGGCUAAGAACAGCACUUGCCCACUCCAAGGCAACCACAGUGAUAAAGGCACGGGUUGGGUUAGUCCCAUCACUCCUUACCUGUGGGGAUGGGAAGGCCAGGUCAUCCCAUGGCCUUCCUUGUGGAUGUGUUAAGCUUUAGACUCUACUGGAUAUUUUUGCACUUGGAAUAAAUAGCAAUCCCAAGUAGAAUAAAUGUGAUUUUCCAUUUCUAUUUCCUAUAGUGAUUCUCACCGUCCUGUAGGUGAGGCAAAAUGCUUUAGCAGCACAGCUGCUGCUCCAAAACCAGAAUAUCUGUACCAGACAGAUGAUUCACACAAGGUAGGCAAUAGAUUGAAACGUGUGUAAGCUCUGUGUUCUGUCGUUCAUACUUUGCUAAACUGUAUGUGGAAUUUCAAACUGUUACAGGCAAACUGAUUUUCUGCUG